AUGUUUCCCUACUCUUUUUAUUCAUUAUCCUUUCUUUCUUUCUUUCUUUCUUUCUUUCUUUCUUUCUUUCUUUUUUCGUCUUUAUAUUUUUUCCUACACUGCAAUACGCACACAAACAAUAACCAACCACCAAUUCCUUCUUUCUUUCUUUCUUUCUUUCUUUCUUUCUUUCUUUCUUUCUUUCUUUCUUUCAAUUUUUAUUGCUUCUUUUUUCUUCACUGUUCUAUUGUUUUUGUUGUUCUUUCGUUUUUUUUUUUUUUUUUCUCUUCUUCGCAUUUUUUUCCUUUUCUUUCUUUUUCGGUAUGUUUCUUCUUUUUCUUCCUUCUUGUUUUUCUUUUAUUCCUUUCCUCUUUUUUCUUUUCUUCUUUCCCUCUUAUUUCCGUUCAUCUUUCUUUCUUUCUUUACCCAUUUAGCUUUCCGUAUAUUCUUUUGACUUCUUUUAAUUCCCCUUACACACACACACACACACACACACUCUCUAUAUCUAUCUAUCUAUCUAUCUAUCUAUCUAUCUAUCUAUUUCUCGAUCUGUUCUUUCUAAGACCGUAUUUCUUUAAAACUUUCUCUGUUUUUCCUCUCUCUCUCUCUCUCUCUCUCUCUCUCUCUCUCUCUCUCUGUCUGCCCUGUGUCUAA